CUUUGUACUGAUGUUGACAAACUCUGGGUGGUUGAUGGCUAUCCUGCACUUCGUUGGCAUCAGACUGCUGACUAUGGUUAUGUACCCAAUGAGAAAAUGCCAAACGUCUUCAUGGCAGUUGCCAUGGAUUUACCUGACCCCACCUCCCCAUAUGGAUCAAUCCACCCACGAUACAAACAGGAUGUCGGUUAUCGUUUAGCAUUGGCUGGAAGGGCAAUAGCAUACAAUGAAAAGUACGUCAAUUAUGCAGGACCAUUCCCUAGUAAUAUAACAGUGCAGUCAUCUAAUGACUUGGUGUCUGUUAUAUAUGAUAUGAAACAUAUCCAAGUGAACCAGGAUUCUGGGUUUGAGGUGUGCUGUUCAUCUACAAAGAAUUGUACUUACUUAUCAACUGAUUGGUUAGCUGCCCCUAUCACGUCCAUCAUUGGUACCAACGGAGUUCAAAUCUCUACAAAGCACUGUAGUGGUGCUAAAUUGCAAGCUAUACGUUAUGCAUGGAGGGACUGUCCAUGUGUUUACAAACAAUGUACCAUAUAUGACAAAGACAGCAACUUGCCAGCUCCAUUGUUUGUGUUCUCACUCAAAGAAAAGAUAGUAAAGUGGAUCAAUUAAGACUGGUUUUGAUUAAGAAUAUAUAAAUUAUACUUCAGUGAUCAAAGUGACAGUAUUCAUGACAUCCAUUUAUGUUUCUAAUUGUACAAAAAAAAAUUCUAUUCAUUUUUAGCGACAUGUGGUCGCUAUUAACUUUCAUCUGGUGAAAUCAAUGUAAAUAUAAAUGGGACUGCCAGGAUAAGGGUUAAAGGUAAUAACGUUUUGUACAUAGUUUCUAUGGUAAUAACAUUUUGCACACAGUUGCAAUAAAUGAUUUAGGAUGUAAAAAAUUUGAUACAAAAUUUUCUUAUUUUUACAUUAUAUAUAAUUAUAUAAAUAAAGACCGGUGCUAAUGCUACUCUUAUUAGUCUCAGCUUCCAAGUGAUAAAUGUAUAACACAUUACUGUUCUGAAAUAAAUGUUAUUAGUACAGCGCCA